GAUGCCCACAGCUGGUAGAACAGCAUUUCUGGUUGUUGGGACAGUCGCAGUCACGGGAGCAUAACUUCCCACAUGGCCGUGGUCCCCAUCCACUGCAAGGACAAACUCCUGGCUUCCCUUUGGACACAGCGUGUCAGAACCCGACACUUGAAGGAUAUGGACAAUCACAGAUGUCAACGGGAUUUCCUUGCCUUUCCCUUUUUCCUUAUGGCGGUGCAAACCUCAGCCUCUUCCUGGACCGCUGAGGUGCCCAGUACAGUCUCCAGCCUGCUUGGCUCUUGUGUGGUCGUCCCCUGCUCUUUCAACUACCCAGAACCAGAGAAGAAGUCCUCUGAAGUCACCGGGAUUUGGGCCCAAAAAAACCAAGACAGGAUCUACCAUCCAGACAGGUCUUCAGUGUUGCAGGAUUACAAAGACCGCACACAAUUAGUUGGAGAUCUCCAAGUCAAGAACUGCUCUCUGAGGAUUGAUCCCCUUCACCAAAGUGACACAGGACCCUUUCAUUUUAGGGUUGAAAUAAAAGACUACAAUAUGUAUUCUUAUGCGGACAACGCAGUUUAUAUUGAUAUCAAAGUGUUGCCAGAGCCCCCCACUCUGUCAGUGAGUGAAGAAGUGAGGGUAGGUGAGCUGUUCACUGCUUCCUGCUCUGUGUCUCACUCCUGCCCCACUGACCCCCCUGUCCUGACCUGGAGCCACUCAGCAAUACCCACUGUCCAAUCACAGCAGCUGCCCAAGGGCCAGUGGAAAGUGCCAUCAUCCUUGACCUUUGCCCCCACGGUGGCUGACCACAACAAGUCUCUCAGUUGCACAGCAGCCUACAGGGGAGGGAAAAAAGCAGAGAGCUACCAGACUCUAAAUGUCAAAUACGCCCCACUGGAUGUGAAGGUGGAGAGGGAGUCCACAUUGCAGGAGGGAGACUCUGUUGAGCUGAGGUGUUCCAGUGAUGGUAACCCAGCGGCCCACAGCUACCAGUGGUACAGCCCCAGUGGGGAUCUGCUGUCCCAGGGACAAACCUACAGGCUGGAGAGGGUUUCCAGGCACACUGGUGCCCUCUACUGCACCGCCAUCAACACAGAGGGACAAGGACGCUCCAGUCAAGUGCAACUCAACGUUAUCUAUCCUCCUGAGAUUAAAGUAGGCUCUGCCUGCUUCUCUAACGUCUCCACGGUAACCUGCCUGUGCAUCGUGGAGUCUGUCCCCCUUAGUGAUGUCCGGUGGUCUCACCCAGAUGGAGUUCUGUCAUGCACCAAGGUAGACAGGCACCGAUCAGUGAUCAUCGCCACCCUGCAAGGCAGUCUUGGCUUUGCAGACUACACCCUCUGCCAUGCCAACAACAGUGAGGGAAAUGCCACCCAGGCCUUCAAGUUGCCCAAAAAAGAUACAACACGGACGAUGCACGUUUUUAAAGCCGUAUCAGCGUUUUUGGUGCCGGUGUUAUUCAUGUCAGCAUGGAGGUUAACCAGGAAGUGUCGGAAGAGCCACAUGGAUGCAACCACAACACAGGACAUUGCUAUGGUUACUGCCAAAGCCACAGUCUCAGACGACUCCACAGCAACACAAGAAAACAUCAACAAUGAAGUCCCCGGCAGCCAAUAUGUUUACGGCAAUAUGGAGGCCGACGGCAGGUGUGACUCUUAUGAAAGUGUAAUGGGUGAAGAUAUCUAUGCUAACGUGUGACAACAGCAAGAAACGUGUUCUUCUGUGAGGACCCUAUUUAUUUCACUCCUGUCCUUAUACACUGAUUGUAUUCUAUGCAUAUGUUACUCGGUACUGUAAUCCUGAUGAAUUCAGGAUACUACUCAUACCUUUUAAACGUUUAUAUUAAACCCUUUAUCGGGGUUUUCAUGGUUGCUUUUUUAACUUAAAGAGCCUUUGCUCUGCCUUAGUCUUCUUCACAGAAUUUGUUUUGAAUGUCAAAGACAGUCCAUUGACAAUCGUCUUCAUUAUUCGUUCUCCUUAACUAUUUCAUGCAUUCAAAAAUAAUAAACUUUACUCAUUUACAAAUGUUCAUUUACAAAUGGCCAACAAAAAAACUACAACUUUCAACAUUAUGUAGGCCUGGCAUUAACUGGGUCUGUUUUUGACAAACAUGGUUUAAGCAGAAUCUAC